AUGAUGAUGAAGAUGAAAAGGAAUCAAGGAAGGGUAAAGGACCAAAUAAUAAAACCCAGAAGAAGAAACCUGCUACUGCUGCUGCUCCGCUGGGUGAGAAGAAGGAAGAGCUCAGAGGCGGCGGCGGCGGUGAAUGAAGGUGGCACCGAGGCCCGAGGCGAGCUAGCUUUCGACCUUUCGUCUCUUCUCUCUCGUUCCGCGAAGACGACUCCUCCAGCCAGGGACAAGACACAAUGCAGAGACAGACCUUUCCAAAUUCUAGAGAAGCUGCCGCCUGCCGUCGCGUGUCUCGUGUCUUCUAGGGCCUAG